AUGUCUUCAUAUUCGGCUUCUACUGCUACUCGCCGUGGCUCUGUUGUUCCUCCACUUGUAGGAAUCGAAAGACCUUUGGUCCAACCUUUGCCUGAAGAAUGUGAUGUCCUCAUCUCAGGAACUGGUCUUGUCGAGUCCAUGCUUGCCUCUGCACUUGCCUGGCAAGGUUCUCGUGUCAUUCACAUUGAUCCCAACCCUUCAUACGGUGACGCUUAUUCCAUCUUCAACAUUGAGGACCUCAAGUCUUGGGUACAACACGUCAAUACAUCAAGAGAUUCAAUUUAUUCUAGUGCCAUGCUCUACAUCCCCCAGCCACUUGAGAGUCGUCGCUACUUCAUCGACCUGACACCUAAAAUCCUCUUUGCUAAAUCAGACGUCCUUCCUAUCCUCAUCAAGUCUCGUGUCAACCGUUACCUCGAAUUUAAGCCCCUCUCUUCCUUCCACACUUUUGAAAAUGAUUCCUUUGACCGUGUUCCAGGCACUCGUGAAGACAUUUUCACCGACCAGAGUCUUUCUCUAAUGACAAAGCGUAACCUCAUGCGCUUUAUGAAGUUUGUUCUCAACUACGAUGACUCCCAAACAGAUGCAAGGGAAAAAAAUACCCCCAUUUGGCUCCCAUAUGCAAACAAACCUGUCGUCUCCUUUAUCCGUGACAAAUUCAAACUCGAGCAUCAACAAAUAACAGAGCUCGUCUUCUCCAUUGGCCUAGCUACCUCUCCAGACAUUUCUACAAUUAAUGCCCUUGCUCGCAUGAAGCGUUACCUUGUCUCACUCGGUGUCUUUGGACCUUUCCCCUCUCUCUACUCAACCUAUGGCAGUGCAGGUGAACUCGUCCAAGCCUUUUCGCGGUCAGCUGCUGUUGCUGGUGCCACCUAUAAGCUCAACACUUCUGUCGUCUCAUACAAGGAAUCAACCAAAAACGAUGACAAUACCUCCGAAGCUCUCGUCACUCUCUCAGACGGUUCCAAAAUCAAGGUCAAGGAACACACUAUUCUCUCACCCAACUCUCUCAUGAAGCUGGCUGUUUCACUCGACCCUUCAGUUUCGCUCGAUGACCAGUCAUUGGAAAUUAAUAAGCGCGAUGUCAAGCCUACAAUACCCACAACUACAAGCGGCAUUGGAAAUAGCUUAUUACAGCACCAGCAACAACAAAUACCCAAAUUCCCCUCUACCCCUACAUCUAAAUCUACUACAUCCACAUCUUCAUCGUCCUCUGCUGGCCGUUCAGAGCUCACCCGUAUAGUCGCCAUUGUCGCUAAGGACUGCAAGGAAUGGUUCUCGGAAAACGAGCAGGCUGCCAUUGUUGUGUUCCCUCCUAAAACGCUGCCUUCUGAAAACAGGUUUGCCGUGCAGGCUAUUGUCAUGGGCAGCGGCACAGGACAAUGUCCUAGGGGCCAGGCUAUUUGGUACCUUUCGUCAACAGACCCCAUCACGUCGCGCGCACGUGUUGACCUUGAAGAGGCUCUAAAGAAGCUUGAGUCCAGUAUCCUGCGCGAAUCUACAAAGGACUUUGAAUUCUCUGACAUUGCUGAAGGUGACGUUUCUGUGCGUCCAGAUGGUAUCCCUGUUCUUUCUUCCAUCAAGCUUGGCCAAUCUCUCCAGAACUUUGUCCCUAAGGAACGUCUUCAAUACUUGCUUAAGUUGUGCUAUUCACAACGUCUCACAACCCCACCAAACGAGUAUGUGGCUGCUGUUGAAAAGGCAUGGGGUACCCCAAUGGAUCUGACCAAGCCCAGCAACCGUAUUGGGUCUAACAAGAAUUUAACUGGACAAAAUGAAGAACAAGAAGAUUCUGGGGAAAACUCUAAGGUGACUGUUGCUCCAUGCCCGCUUGCGGAGAUUUCUUAUGACGGUGUUGUAGAUCAGACGUUGCAAAUUUACGAGAAGAUUGUGGGUUCUGACGAUGACUUUUUCGAUCUUGAUUUCGAAGAUGAUGAUGAGUUGCCACCCCAAACUCACCAAGAUAGAGGUGUUACCGGUGGUUCUGAUGCUUCAGGAUCUACAGCUGGUGCCUUGGUCGGAUCUACAAUUACUGCAACUUCUACUGGUCCAGGAAUUCCUUCAGGUUCUGCAUCAUCUGCGGCCACCAUUGCUGCUGUCGCUGCCGCAGCCAAUUCUUCAGCCAUUGUUGAUGAUGACGAUGACGAUGAUGUGGAUAUGGAUGAUGAUGACGGUCAUGUUCCGGAUUUUGGCGAUGACAUGGAGCUGUAA